AUGGAUAAGCGCAUUGGCAUUUUAGCAGCUGAGCUGUAUUUCCCAAAACAGUUGGUAGAUCAGCAACUGUUGGAGAAAACUAAUGGUUGUCCUGGGAAGUACACCAAGGGUCUUGGGCAAGUAUCAAUGGCAAUAUGCGAUAUUGCUGAAGAUAUCAAUUCACUCGCCCUUACCGUAACCCAUAAUCUCAUCCAGCGCAUCGGUUUAGACUUGAAAAAAGUGGGAUUUCUGGAGGUAGGGACCGAAUCUCUUAUCGACAAAUCAAAAUCCACAAAAAGCGUGCUGAUGCAGCUUUUUGAGGAAUCGGGCAAUUAUGACGUAGCCGGAAUUGACGUCAAGAGUGCCUGCUACGGGAGCACUGCUGCGCUUUUCAAUGCAAUCAAUUGGCUCGAAUCAACCAGUUGUGACGGCCGCCUCGCCCUGGUUGUCGCCGCAGAUAUCGCUGUUUACGCCACCAAAAGUACACAGCCAACCGGUGGUGCCGGUGCAGUUGCUCUACUUCUCGGACCAAAUGCACCCCUCCUACCAGAUCCAGGUUCGUCCACGGAA